CUUCACAUUAACAAAGCCUCAAGUGGAUUAAUGAGAAAAUGCUGAUCAUUUUUUACUUCAUGCUCUCUGUCGUAGUUGGACGAUGCAAAGAUAAUCUGAGUGUUGGAACAAGAACUGUUGCUGUUGGAGAAGAUGUGACCCUAACCUGCCCGCGAUUGACCUCUGAGCAUAAAGCAUCUCUGUACUGGAUCAGAUUUAUUCCUGGACAAUGGCCUGAAUUCUUGGGAGGAACAUAUUCCUUCGAUUUUAGUGAUAGUAUAGAAACUGCUCAUAUUACAGCAAAACAAGAGACAAAAUCCUUUGUCUUGCACAUUAGUAAAGUCCAGCACAGUGAUGCUGGCCUUUACUAUUGCUUAAAAGUUAAUUGGCUCAACAUGAGUUUUUUAACGGGGGAAUUUCUGAGAAUCAGUGGAAAAGAGUCAAACAUCACUGCCAUUGUCCAACACCCUCUACCUGAUCGAGUUCAUCCAGGAAGCCCAGUCUCUCUACAUUGUUCAGUCCUCUCUAACACUCUAGAUAAAACUUGUUCAACAGAUCAUAGGGUGUUCUGGUUCCUAGCUGCAUCAGAUAAAUCUAAUCCCAGUUUAAUUUAUGCUCCUGCAAACCCCAGUAGUGAAUGUAAGAACAAUCCUGAGGAUCAUUCUGGGCGAAAAUGUAUCUAUAGCUUCUCGAAGAACAUCACUGCUUCUGAUGUUGGGACUUACUACUGUGCUGUGGCCUCAUGUGGAAUGAUUUUGUUUGGAAAUGGAACCAAACUGGACAUAGAAGGUCCCAGCAUGUCAAAUUUGCAGAAGACAAAUGCAGUUUUUAUUGUGUUAUUUGCCAUUUUGACUGGAAGUGUGAUUAUUACAUUCAUUCUCACUUACAUCCUCAUGAAGAAAACUUGUCACUGUUCAAAUGAUGCUAAAGGGGCUCAUGAUGAUCAGCAGAUUCAGCAGAGAGGCGAGAACUCGUUGGUUUACAGUGCUCCCAUAUUGACCAACAGGAAAGCUGCCAGAAUAGAGAGAAGAAACAAAGAAACAUCAGAGGUUGUCUACAGUGGUGUCAAUUAAUUAGUACUUGAUUAAUAUCUACAUAAAUCUGGUUGCUACUGGAAAUGUUUUUAUUUUUCUUCAAUUCUUUGAAAAAGCAUUUAACCAGGCUAUAUUUUGCCUAUAUGAAAAAUUAUAAUUCACAAUUGUGAAAACUUUAAGUCUUGUUUAAAAACACCUGUGUUUUUUUUUAUAUAUAUUAUUGCUUAGCAUGGGUGUACUUGUGUGUAUUUCUCUGAUGCAUACUGAAGUAUGAAUAAAUUGAAACAGUAAUCCCAAUAUUUUAUAAUGUGUAAUAUAACACACUUUCAAAAACUGUGUGGUUUAAAUAAAAAGAGUCAAUUUUUUUACUAUUGCUAAAUGGUAAAUACAAGUGAAAGAGUUUCUGAUUAAUGAGAUUGA